AUGAAGGUCAUCGUAAUGUUUGUUGUCUGUGUAGCGACAUUUAGUAGGACAACAGUGACAACGGCUUAUACAUUUGACAAUGAGACAUCAUCAACUUUAAUGGCUCCGAUGCCCUCAAUUGAUCGUCUGAGCCGGAUCAAUGUAACAAAAUCGACUUACGACUUACCUGCGCAUGGUAGUGAUAUGUCUACGCUACGAGAGAAUGAUAACUUGGAAAAUAGCAGCAGCGAUCAUGACAUUAUAAAGAGUGACGAUAACAUAACUAGAUUCGAGUCGGCGACGCCAUCAGCAGUGAUGAACGCUGUGUUUAAGCUUGGCAGUGUGCUAAAUGCAACUAGCACAAUUGAGUCAACCUACCCCAAUUGGGUCGGUACCGGUCUCACCACUGCAUCCUCCUCUUCAUGUUGGCGCAGAGCUCAUAUCGCGAAAACGUGCCCGCUAGGAUAUGGUAGAAGGCUUGGAAUGUGCUGGUCAGAAUGUCCGUACUCGUAUCCUGGUGAGUGCGGACUCGAAUGUAUCCGACAGAACGAUAACUGUAUACUUGCCAUUGUGUCUAAGGUAGCAGUUGUCGUCCAGACGUCGCUUUCGCUCUCGGCAUGGAGCAUUUACGGUGACAUGACAAAGUGGUCCAAACGUGUUCAACUCGCGAUCAAAUGCACUAAGUAUAUGAUCAGUCUCUCAAAGUCGUUGGUGAAAUACAUCCGCUUUAUUAAGGUUCAUCAUCCAGAAGCAACGGAAGACAAGAUCCUAGCAAUACUGUACCGAAUUGACAACGUCAUUAUCGACAUUCCUGUGAGUAUUUCCUACUGCCUUGGAAUCAAAGUGGAAGACGAUAUCAAGUUCGCUGACAUGGUGAUUACGACUGCAGAGUACGCCUUAAGAGAAAUUGUUGUCUAUGGUAGCGGCAUCACUUCAAGCUGGACCGCAUUUACGAAAUUCAUGAAGAAAAUCUCGCUGGGAGAUUCGAUUGCCGCUUUGAACGAGACUGACAUCACGUCCCUAAAGUCUGCACUCAAAUCCAAUUCAACCUGUGGCUACGACAUGAAACGUCUACUAGAUCGUACCUGGAUGACAGUGGCAGAACUGCGUCAACUAAAUCCUGAAAUAUCUGAAAACGACAUCCGAGUGAUCAUGAGUCAGUCGAACCUCGUGCUAAGGGACAUACCUGCCGCAACAAAUAAUUGUCUGAGUGAGCUAAUCAAACACUCGGAUACGACUAAAGCAUACGCUACUCGUAGUGUUCUGCGCAAGACAUUUGGAGUCAUCGUAGAGGACUUGGUCAAGUCGGGAACGAGUCAUAACGGCUCGUUUCUCUCUGCUCAAGAAUACGCGGUAAGAAUUGCCGACAGAGCUAUUGCCGUCUGGGCCAUUUGGGACCCAUUUUACAUUUCUAGUGUUGUUUCCGAGUACUUUCAGCCCAUUUGCACGCACCCCGAGCUCAUCGGGGAGAUAGACGAUGGCGACGCAACAAUGGCGCUAGGCAUGUCGAUUUUCCAAGACGCUUUUAAAAAUAGUUACGGCACGUGGACCAAGGUUGGCGAUGGAUCCGUCACUAUUACGUUCAAGAGCGCUGAUACAAUCGAUGUGGUUGCAAAUGUCAAGUCCGGAGGUCACACGAUUGACGAAGUAGAUGUUCCUGCGGGUAAGACUGUGACGUGGAAAUCGAACGUGAUUACAUUGGGAGGGAAAACACUGUACUUGGAUCGUUGGCGUCCGGGAUUUCUGGGCCUUCCAAGCACUAGCGGCGGUUCAAUGCUGUUGUGGGUCCCUCGAUCGACACAAGGUGGUUGUCUAAAGCUUACCGCGGUGUUAAAUGUAAAAGAUUGA